AUGCGUCUCGGUGACUGGUUGGUGGUCCUUUUUCUCAUAACAGCCUCCGCAUUCUUCUUCGGAGAUGGAAAGCUGUGGUUCAAACCAGAUUCUCAUACAUAUCUCAUGUAUGUUGCGCCGCAAAAAUCGGGCGAACUGAAAGCACCAGUAAAGCGGACCCGCGACAUCGGGCAGAGGUUGCAGGAAACGGGAACGGAUAUCGCAAUCUUCUGGGCCUCACAAUCGGGGGUCUCGGAACGGUUUGCCGAGAGGUUAUCUCGGGAAUGGCGGUCUCGCUAUGCUCUCAGAACCCUUGUCUCGGACUUGAGUGACUAUGACCCUCAGCACCUGGCGACGUUUCCCAAGGAUAAACUUGCCGUCUUUUUGAUGUCUACGUACGGCGAAGGGGACCCGCCGGACAACGCACUUAGUUUCUGCAGUGGGCUCGAGAAGAUGCACAAGAAAGGAACCAGGCUAGAAACUCUUCGGUACUGCGCCAUGGGGAUGGGAAACAAGAACUAUAAGCACUAUAAUCAGGUGAUCAAGACAUUGGAUAAAACUCUACUAGGUGUUGGGGCGCAUCGCAUUGGCCUGGUCGGGCUCGCAGAUGAGAGCCAGGGGACAACAGAGGAUAGUUUUAUGGAAUGGAAAGAUGACAUUCUGGAGAGCCUGAGCGACAUAAUCACACUGCAGGAACAUCAAGUCACCUACGAGCCCAGUAUCAGUAUAAGCAAUACCAGCGUCGAUCCUAGCCUCAUCUACCUGGGGGAGCCAAGCGAGAAAGAGCUUCGUGGAAUCAAGGAUAAGGUCGCCUACAACCGUCACAAUCCGUACUCUGCGUCUAUUGUGCAAAGCUUACAGCUGUCCAGCUUGACUGACCGCGUCUGCGUCCACAUGGAAUUUGACCUCUCUGCGGUCCCGGCGUUGCGCUAUCAGACAGGAGAUCAUCUGGCGGUUUGGCCGAUCAAUCCUGAUAGUGAGGUAGAUCGACUGUUGCGCCUCUUGGAUCUUGACGAUGAACAGCAACGCAAACAGCCAAUCGUGCUGUCUGUCCGGGGAGGGUCGACGAGCAAGUGUGGUCUCCCUUCACCAACCACUCGAGAAACGCUGCUCAAAUACUAUCUCGAAAUUGGUGCUUUGGUCUCGCGCGAAUUUCUUCUUAUUCUCUCACAAUAUGCGCCUACCGACCUGGCGAAAGCCACUCUAUUGCGCCUGGGAAAUUCCAAAGACGAUUUCCGAAGGGAAGUUGCUGCUCAUUUUUUGUCCGUCGGCAAGGUCAUGGAAAGGAUCGAACCGAACACAAAAUGGACGGCGGUUCCUUUCUCUCUUUUGGUCGAGAGCUUCAACCGUAUUCAGCCCCGCAGUUACUCCAUAUCCAGCUCGCCACUAAAACAACCACGACGACCGUCAAUCACUCUGGUCAUUAACAAGCGACACAUACCGACCCUACCGUCACAUGGAGACAAUAUGUUCUUUGGCCUCACCACUAAUUACCUUCUGGCUCAUCACCAAAAAUGCAGCGUGGGCGGCUCCCCAGGAGACCCGCUUGAAGGCCCGUCAUACGAUCUCCAAGGACCGCGGCAGAAACUCCAUGGCGGGAAGGUCUAUAUCCAUGUUAAUCGUUCAACCUUCAAGUUGCCUCCCAAUCUGGAGACUCCAGUCAUCAUGGUAGCGGCCGGCACCGGUAUCGCUCCCUUCCGUGGCUUUAUGCAGGAACGCAGUCGCCUUGCGGAGCUGGGAAAGCCGGUGGGUAAAAUGAUUCUUCUCUUUGGCUGCCGUGACGAUACCGCAGACUAUCUUUAUCGAGAGGAGUGGCAGGAUUAUGAAGUUCGUUUUGGAAACUGGUUCAAGAUGGUUCCUGCAUUCUCGCGGCUACAGGGCCAAAGAAAGUGUUACGUUCAAGACGUCCUUCUCGAGCAAAGAGAUACAGUACUUCCCCUUAUCCUUGAUCAAGGUGCUGCGUUCUACAUUUGCGGCUCAGCGACUAUGGCAACAGAAGUCAGAAAACGGCUGGUAGAGAUGAUAGCCAGAGCCAAAAACCAAAGCCCAGAGGAAGCUGAUGCAAUGAUCAAGGGCAAGAUGAAAAAGGCUAGGCUUUACCAUGAAGAUGUAUGGAGCUAA